CUUUUCUCCACAGUGCGUCUCUCUCUAUGUAAAGACAGGAGCUCAUCUACCUUCAGUCCAGUAAAGAGGAAACACCAGCGCUCACCAUGUUCUCUGUGCUUUCCCUGCUUCUACUGGCAGGAGCACACAGCGCGACGGCAAGGCUUCACUCUCUGAAGUAUUUCUACACUGGGUCGUCUCAAGUCCCAAACUUUCCAGAGUUUGUGGGUGUUGGUUUGGUUGAUGAUGUUCAGAUGAUUCACUAUGACAGCAACACAGAGAAAGCAGAACCCAAACAGGACUGGAUGUUAAAGGCAACUGAUGCACAGUUCUGGGAGAGGAACACUGGGAACUUUUUUGGUUCACAGCAGGUCUUCAAAGUCGGCAUUGAAAACUUAAAGGAACGCUUCAACCAAACUGGAGGUGUUCACAUUUACCAGUACAUGUACGGAUGUGAAUGGGACGAUGAGACUGGAGAAGUUAAUGGUUUUCGUCAGUAUGGUUAUGAUGGAGAAGACUUCAUAUCAUGGGACGUGGAGACAGGGACGUGGAUCGCUCCAACACCAAAGAGUGUCAUCACCAAACUGAAGUGGGAUCAGGAUAAAGCUCGUCUCAUAUAUCUUAAGAACUACCUCCUCCAGGAGUGUCCUUCCUGGCUGAAGAAGUAUCUGGAGCAGGGGAGGAGCUCUCUGCUGAGAACAGAGCUUCCCAGGAUUUCUCUCCUCCAGAAGUCUCCCUCCUCUCCAGUCACCUGCCACGCUACAGGUUUCUACCCCGACAGCGCCAUGUUGUUCUGGAGGAAAGACGGGGAGGAUCUUCAUGAGGACGUGUACCGUGGAGAGGUUCUCCCCAACCAUGACGGGACCUUCCAGAUGAGCGCUGAGCUGAAGGUUUCCUCCAUCUCCCCUGAGGACUGGAGGAGCUACGACUGUGUGUUCCAGAUCUCUGGUGUGAAGGAGGACAUCGUCACCAAACUGGACAAAGACUCAGUCGAGUCCAACAGAGAGAAGCCCAUCAGCGUGACCACGACCACCAUCACCAUCAUCAUCAUCGUUCUCGCUGUCGCUCUCGCUGUCGCUCUCGCCGUCAUUGGAUUCAUCGUGUACAGGAAGAAGAAAGCCCAAAGUACCUCACCUGCUGGAAAAGAUCCAGGUGCCUUAGAGCCGCUGAAAACAGGUGAUGGAGGUUCUAAUUCUCCAAGUGAGACGUCCUCCUGAACACAGUUUAUGGACGAGAAGCAGUGUCACCACAGUCUCUCCCUCACGCUGGGAAUUCAUUGAUUAUUCAUCACUCAAAUCAUAAAGUGAUUUUCAGGGUCAGACAUUGAUUUAAAUACAAUCAACACAAAUCACAAAUAUGACAAAAAAAUGGUGGCGUUGAUUAAAUUUUAUCUUCUAGUUAAAAAUAAGAAAUGUAAACUUCCCUCUGAGAAACAUAUUGUUUAAAUAUUUCUAAAUCAAAUGAGGAUUAUUACUUUUUCUUUACCUGGAGUGAAGUAAAACACAUUUUCAGAAACAAUGAAAGUAUCACAACACUGUUCACAUGCAGUUAAUUUAAAGAUCAUCUUAGUUACAGUUUUAUAUUCCUGGUGUUGGGGCAUCCUUGUAAAAUCAUUAAAAUAAUAAAAAACUAAAUACACAUAUAUAGACACCCACACAUCCACAUCUUAGGGUCUGGAAAUAUAAUCUGUCUCAUGAUUCCAUAUAUCUGUUGGUAUGUGACUCACGUAUCUCGAGAACCGUUCAUUUUAUCAGCUUCACACUUGACCUGUGUGUUGUUCAGGGCCCAAGGAAGUGAAGCAAUGAAUCUGGUGUGAUUUGGACAAGUGAUACAAUCAAUGUUUAUAGAAUUCAAAUAACUUUAUAAAUUACACACAAUGAGUUGUUGUCACACACAGACUCACAACACGAGCAUCUGUAUAAAAGUAGUUUUCCAGAUGUGUAAAUAUUUAGAUUUUAUUUUAUUUCUAAUUUGGCCUGAACAAGAAAGGUAUUAAUCCAGAGUUGCUUGUUUUUGUUUGUUCGGUUAUAUUCAUGCUUUGCUGUGUUCUUCACCUUUAAAGUUCAUUUGAGUGGAGAUUAUAAAAGGGUUGUGGGAUGUUUUAAGUAUCUCAUGUGAAAUUUUCUGUUAAUAUUUCCUGUUAGUUUUUAGGGACAAGAGACUUUUCUGUUUUAGCCUCGUUAACAUUUACACUGCAAAAUUGAAAAGGUUCGAAUGGCGCAAAAUAACCGACCUUAUCUUUGGUGAGUUUUAAAAACUUCACAUUUUCUCAAAGCUGCGAGUCCUAGUGUCCCUGCUCAGUCACAUUCACUCACUCAGUGUUUGUUCUGUCCCACGUCAAUAACACACAUUGUCCACAAAGCUGUAAGGGGUAUUUUAAUCUUUCUGAUUCUUGCAUAUGGACACUUGGGCAUGCGGACUGGAGCAGCUGGGGAUCGAACCUGUGCUCCUCUGGUUAGUGGACGAUCCGGUCUACCUCCUGAGCCACAGCUGCCAAAGCAUGCAGCUGCAGAACCAGAGUUUCUGUCCUGUAUUCAACCUAAACACUCACCUUCAUGACGUUAGGUCACGGUUCCCCUGAUGAGACAUGAGACGUGUCAUAUCACAAACGUUCCAUUUUGUGUUUUGCCGACUUAACUUCAGCAACUUUACAAACUUAACUUAGUAAAGUUAGUUGAAGCAAAUACGUUUAAAAAUCCAUUAAAUAUUCUCUGUUGAUUAUAUUUAGAAAUCGCAGUAACACAUUUUCACGUUUUCAUUUUUACAGUGUAGAAACUGAACGUUUGAGGCUCAAUAUUUCUUCUUGUGUCGGGUUUUUAAAAUGAAUGCUAAAUUAAGCUGCUUUGCUGUUUCAUUCCUUUUGUACUUGUGUUUUUAAUAAAGUCUCUGAUGUUCUCUGGGA